AUGACAGUAUCCGAUGAAGAAGUGUCUGAUGGCUGCAGCUGGGGCGAAGGGCAUGCAGGCAGCGGGAGCAGCAGCAGAGCGUCUGGAACGGCGGAUAGGGGGGACCCUCUGGGAGGCCUUGCGGCAGCAGAACCAACAGGAGUGCCAUCAGCUCCAGCAGCCGACACAGCCGCUGAAACUGAACUGCCUUCGCGCUCUCCGCGUGGUGGAGGCUAUCAAGAGCGGCAUGAGGAUGCUCACAGCGCCUCACGUGAAGGUACCAACCUGCGCCAUUCCCAACAGUGGCCUUUGCAUGCAGCAGCCGAGCAGCAGCAAGAACUUGAGCCGUCACCCAUGCCUCUGUCGAAGUCUGUGCAACAACUCGAGCAGCGGGGGGACGGCGGAGAAGGCUUGCCCUCUUUGGUUGCGCCUUUCGUGCGUGUAUUCAGCAGCACAGGCGGCAACACCACCACGACGAACACUGCCACAACGAACACCAACAGCAGCAGCACGGGCACGAAUGGAAGCGGUUCAUGGCAACAUGCCUUAGCGGAGUCGUUUUUUCGCGGCAGCGGUCCAACGGAGGGGUCUAGGGGGGAGUCUGAGAGGAGCUCUCGCAUAGUGGGAUCUUCGUGCGGGAAAAGCGGAGAAGCUUCUUCGCGGAGGGAGCUCCAGCAUCAGCCUGCGCUUGCUCGGCACUUGUCCCUUCAAGACAGCGGCGAUGAAGUGGUAGGUGGUGGGCCCCCAAGUACAUGCGGCUGCGAGCCACCAGGCCCUAGAGCGGCGCACAGUUGCGACAGCGUGGACGAUUGUGUUUUUCUGUUUGGGGGAUGGAACGGCAACAGCCCCAUGAGCGACUUGUACGUCUUGGAAGUCUUGCGAGAGGGUGACGGCGAAGGAGAAAGCAAAGAGGGCCACCAUCGGUAUCAGUGGCACUUGGUGCCUCCGAACAAACACACUCCAGCGGCUAGAAACAAUCACACGAGUGCAGUUGCGGGCACUGAAGUGUAUAUCCAUGGGGGGCACGACGGCUCGCAGUGGCUUGCAGACUUUCAUAUUCUGGAUGCAGCUGCAGUCAUCAACAGCGGCUUCAAGGUUGCUCGUUGGAAGGCGCCUCAAGUCUCAGGUCAGAAGCCUUCGGCUAGAGCUUGCCACACGCUUUCGCGGGUUCGACAGAAGCUGUUUCUCUUUGGGGGCUAUGAUGGUCACCGCUGUUUCAACGACAUUGAGAUCCUUGAUCUGGAAACUCUCGCGUGGAUUCAGCCCAAAGUCUCCGGAGAGAAGCCGCUGCCUCGAAAUGCGCAUUCCAUGGCUGUCGUGGAGAGUCGGCUCUUCUUGUUUGGUGGACACAGUGGCAGCAAGCAUCUGACGGAUCUCCACAUCUUUGACACUCCCUCCCUUACAUGGUUUAAGCCACAACUAAGCGGCUCGGUGCCUCCAGGCUUGCGAGGCCAUUCUGCAACGCUCGUUGGCUCUAAAAUGUUUUUAUUUGGCGGAUUCGAUGGGCGCCGUCGCACCAACGAAGUCUGUGUGCUCUGCACGCGUUCGCUCACUUGGCGAUCUCCGAAGGACAGUCAGAUUCAUGCUCCAACUGGGAGGCAGAGGCACAGUGCAGCUCUCGUUUCGCAACGCCGCAUCCUCAUUUUUGGCGGCUUUGACGGGGCCCAUUGGCUUGCCGACCUGCACGAACUUGACACGAGCAAGCUGAACGAGGCAGCACUGAGCGGCGUGGCUAUCAAGCAGCUCCUGCAGAAUCUCAGGCAGCUCCUGCAGGGAGGAGACUUCAGCGAUGUGACGCUUGUCGUUGGAGGGAAGCGGCUCCCCGCCCACAAAAACAUCUUGGCAGCAAACUGCGCUUUCUUCCGGCAGAUGUUUCUGGGCCAGAUGAAGGAAAGCAUGCAACAAGAAGUCAUCAUCCAAGGGUGGACGCCAGAAGCGUAUUCCGCAAUGCUCGAGUUUCUCUACACAGGCACUCUAAGCGAAACAAGACCAACCGUCCUCAGCGAGGUUCUGGGCUUGGCAGACCACUACACACUCUCUACGCUGAAGCGCUACUGCGAAAGCGUUCUUUGCAUGUCUCUCGAUGCCUCGUCAGUGUGCUGCUUGCUUCGCUGCGCUGAGAGGUAUCAAGCAAAGAAGCUGAAGCAGAGCUGCGUGGAAUUCAUCUUCCGACAUUCUGAUAUUGUCUCCCAGACACCCGAAUUCGAGCAGCUACAGGCCAUUCCAUCCCUCAUGAUGGAAAUAGCCAAGAUGAGUCUCUCCAACCACAGAGCGAGAGCUUCCUUCGGAGCCGUUGCUGCUGCUUCCGAGACAGCACCAGAAAGGGCUCCCGAUGUUCGUAGGCAGUAA